AUGGAUGAAAUUAAACUUAGUGAUGAUAUAAUUGAGCAAAUAAAAGAUUUUGAUCAUUAUCUCUUGACUGAAGAACAAAAUAGAGAAAAAGAAUUAAAAGAACAUUAUAAAAAAUAUGGUUUAUGUAAAAUAUGUAAGCAACCUAAUACUGAUGAUUAUUAUUGUCGGUCAUGUAAUUCUAAACGUUUUCAACAAAAUUUCAAAAAUUGGACAACAGUUUGGAAAGAUGGAUAUAUAAAGAUGAAUUAUAACGAUAAACAAUUGGAAAGAAAUGGUAAAAUAGAAGUUGCUUUAAAAAGUUUACAUAAAUCACAAGAUAUUAUAGCUGAAUUUUUGAAAGAAGUUGAGUCACAUAUUUUAACACGCAUAAUGGAUUUAAAAAAAGGUAGUUUAAGAAAUUAUUUAAAUUAUAAUUUUAAUUCAUUAGGUUGGAAGGAUAAAUUGAAUAUUUUAUAUCGUUUUACAAUUGGCCUUGAGGAUAUUCAUAAUAGUGGAUUAAUUCAUCAUGAUCUUCAUUGUGGCAAUAUAUUAAGCGAUUUUGAUCAUGGCGCUUUUAUUACUGAUUUGGGAUUAUGUCAACCAGCAAAUAAUAUGGAACAUUCCCAGAGUGAUAAUAAGAAAAUAUAUGGAGUAUUACCAUAUGUAGCUCCAGAAGUUUUAAGAGGAAAAGAAUAUACUCAAGCAAGUGAUAUUUAUGCAUUUGGAAUUAUUGCAUAUGAAAUUUUCACAGGAUUUCCUCCUUAUCAUGAUAUAGAUUAUGAUGAAUUAUUGGCAAUGAAAAUUUGUCAAGGGUUAAGACCAAAAUUCAACUAUAAAAUUCCUCAACUAAUUAUUGAUAUAAUUAAUCAAUGUUGGGAUGCAGACUCUUCAAAGCGACAUAAAGUAGACAAGUUAGUUGAGUUACAUUUUGAUUUAUUGAUAAAUUUGAAUAAAGAAGAUUCUGUAAUCCAUAAACAAAUCGAUGAAGCAGAUGAAAUUAACAAAAAGUCAUCUUUAAUGGUCCAGCCGCCAUUAUCAUUUACUAGUACACUCUCGUAUAUGACACAUCCUCAAGCAGUUUAUACAAGUAGACUUUUGGAUUUUAAAAAUCUUCCAGAGCCAAAAAAUGCAGACAAUAAUGAUGAUUUACUUGGAAUAAAAUAUUCAGAUUCUUUAAGAAUAGAUUUCACUAAACUUGAUAUUAAUUCUAAAGGUAAUGAGUGGGGUGAUGAAAAUGACAGUGGAUGGGAUGAAGAGUUUAGUUUAUUAAACGAACCCUAUAAAAAAAGAAAAUUCAGAAUUUGUCUGAAAACUGCAAAAGGAACCAUAAAAAUAUCAACUUUCAUGAAUAAUAAACCAAUACUGGAUGGUUUUGAAGACGUACUUGAUGAUAUGGAUGAAGAAAAAUGA